CAUCAUCAUCAUCAUCAUCAUCAAAGAUGUGUUUCAAAGUUAUACGUCGUGAUGAACUUUGGUGUUUUGCAUCGAUGGUAGCAUUAUUUUGUCCUCCUUUAGCUGUUAUGAUGAUGACAGGAUGUGGUAUUGAUUUUGUAUUAAAUUGUGCCCUGACAUUUCUAUUAUGGAUACCUGGUUUCAUACACGCCUAUUGUAUCAUCUAUUGUCCUGAUCAUAUUGAUCCAAAUGCUAAACUUCAAAUGACUGAGGCUGCCAUACGUUGGAGAGCUCGUAAAGAGGCUGAACGACAAGCGGCGGCUGAACAAGCUCAAGGUAUUGAACGAUUAUAAUCAUCUUUCAUCAUCAUUGGCAUCAUAUAACAAAUGUAUUCAUUUAU